AGAAGGGUCGAGGCGGAUAGCGCGGUGUGUUUGGAGUCAGCAAGAAAAAAGAAAGGAAAGAAAAUAUUGCACGUGUGUUUUUUCAUAUAUAUAUACAAAAAAAAAUAUUACUGCUUCUGCGAUUUUAUUUUUAAAAUAACCAAGACAAAGAUGACAGGUUCAAAUGAAUUUAAGCUAAACCAGGGCCCUGAGGAUGGUAUCUCUGCUGUCAAGUUCAGUCCAAGCACUGCACAGUUCUUGUUGGUUUCUUCCUGGGAUACCACUGUCCGCUUGUUUGAUGUUGGUGGUAACGCAAUGAGGAUGAAGUACCAGCACUCUGCCCCUGUUCUUGAUUGUGCCUUUUAUGACCCCACACAUGUUUGGAGUGGUGGCUUGGACCUGCAGCUGAAAACGCAUGAUCUGAACACAGACCAAGAAACUAUAGUGGGUGCCCACGAUGCUCCUAUCCGAUGUGUGGAGUACUGUCCGGAGGUGAAUGUGAUGGUGACGGGUAGCUGGGACAGAUCGGUCAGACUUUGGGAUCCCAGGACUCCAUGUAAUGCAGGAACCUUCUCGCAGCCAGAAAAGGUUUACACACUGUCGGUGGCAGGAGAUCGACUGAUCGUUGGUACAGCUGGCCGGAGAGUCCUUGUGUGGGACUUGAGGAAUAUGGGCUAUGUUCAGCAGAGGAGGGAGUCCAGUCUCAAAUAUCAGACCCGCUGCAUCAGAGCAUUUCCAAACAAACAGGGCUACGUACUUAGCUCAAUCGAAGGUCGGGUUGCAGUUGAGUAUUUGGACCCAAGCCCAGAAGUACAAAAGAAGAAAUAUGCAUUUAAAUGCCACAGGUUAAAGGAAAAUGGCAUAGAGCAAGUUUACCCGGUCAACGCGAUCUCAUUCCACAGUGUGCACAACACCUUUGCUACAGGUGGCUCUGAUGGAUUUGUGAAUAUCUGGGACCCCUUCAACAAGAAGCGUCUUUGCCAGUUUCACCGCUACCCAACCAGCAUCGCUUCCCUUGCGUUUAGUAAUGACGGCUCCACCCUGGCUAUAGCAGCAUCCUACAUGCACGAACUGGGUGACAUUGAACAUCCUGAAGAUGCAAUCUACAUUCGCCAAGUAACAGAUGCUGAAACAAAGCCCAAGUCAACCUAAAUUCCUCAGAAAAUGUCAGUUUUUUUUACACCCUGAAGUCUCCCUUGGUUGUGGAAGUGUCUGCUGGCAUCCAGUCCUGAAUCACAGAUACAAAGAUCAAUAAAAUCACCCUAUUCCUUUUCCUAUUCAUUCUGUUGUAUAUUGUGUUUACUGUUUCCUUCACUAUAACUCAUUUUUUAUGUCCUAUUGUAUUAAACUGACUCCCUGAACUGGGGGUAAAAGAUAUUCUGUAUAGAUCUUUUGUAGAUUUUGUAUUAUCAGUGUUUUGACUAUGACAGCAAGUUUUACUCUGGAAUCCUUCUCCAAGUAAAGAAAAAUAAAACCUGA